AUGUUCGACGAUUCAGACGGUGCGUCAUCUGAAGAUGAUAACUUCAGCUCAUACGGUGAGUCUCCUACAGAUGACGAAGAUUCACCAACGCUACCUCACAAGAAGAGAUAUCAGAACUUCUCAAUGAGCGGAUCUAAAGAGAAUUUGGAGGUUUUAAGUUUGGAGAUGUCGUCGAUAGACAUUACGGUAGGUCAACGAUACGAUAGUAAAGACGAUUUGGAGAGACGACUGAAACUUCUUACAGUGAGGUAUAAAUUUGAUUUUGAUGUAGAAACAUCAACCCCGACAUCAUACGUUGUUAAGUGUUGGGUUGAUGGAUGUCUCUGGAGAGUUUGUGCUUCUACCCAAGGAGAAUCCAAGGCGUUUUAUGUUCGUAUUUACGAUUCGAAGCAUACAUGUUCCUGCACAGAGCGUUCUAAUCGAUCUCGACAAGCAAAACCAGAUAUUUUAGGUAUGUUGUACAAGAACUUUCUCGGCGACGUUGGUCCAGCCGUUCGCCCUACGAGCGUCAGAAUAGCUAUCACUAAGCAGUUUGGUAUAAAGAUGGAUUAUUGGAAAUCACACCGGUCGCUGAAAUUUGCAAGUGAAAUCGAUGAGGGAACACCUGUGUGUGGGUUUGAAAGCUUGCCUUCUUACUUAUACAUGAUAAGAAGGGAAAAUCCGAGUACAGUUACGCGUCUUCAAAUCGAUGAGCUUGGAAGAUUCAUGUAUGUGUUUCUUGCCUUUGGUGCGAGCAUUAAUGGGUUUCCUUUCAUGCGCAAAAUUUUUGUAGUCGACGGUACGUUUCUCAAUGGUAAAUACAAAGGAACGCUACUCACAGUACUAGCUCAGGACGGUAACUUCCAGAUUUUUCCAAUAGCCUUCGCAGUGGUUGACACAGAAAAUGAUGAUUCGUGGCAUUGGUUUUCUACGCAACUAAAACUUCUGAUUCCUGACGACAAGGGUCUUGCGAUAAUCUCGGACAUACAUAACUCGAUAGGGAAAGCAAUUAGAAAUGUGUAUCCGUUGGCUGCUCGGGGAAUAUGCACCUACCAUUUAUAUAAGAACAUAUUGGGACGGUACAAAGGAAAAGAAGCAUUCCGUCUGGUGAAGAAAGCGGCGAGAUGUUUUAGGAUGUCUGACUUUACUGUGAUUUUCGAGGAGAUUGAAGCGAUUCAUCCUGCACUCCACGGCUACCUCCAAAGAGCUGAUGUCCGCCUGUGGACGCGUGUUCAUUUCUCGGGCGAGAGAUACAAUUUGAUGACUACAAACAUAGCGGAAUCAAUGAACAGAGUAUUGUCGCAUGCUAGAGGUCUAAACAUUGUUCGAAUAUUAGAAUCGAUACGGGUUAUGAUGACCAGAUGGUUUGCUAAUAGAGUCGUGUAA